CGGUGCGUUUAUCUAAUGCAAUAAUUAUUGUUAACGUCGGAUACACAAAAUUAUAGUAUUACUGUUGGUUUUUAAAUUUUUAAAACAUUUUUAUUUAAAUCCAUUCGACGCGGUUCGAUCAAGAGACAGAGUGACAGAGUAUAGGAUUAACCGGAUCAGAUUACAGUGACCUGAGGAUAGCUGCUACACCGCAAACGAACCGCCGGUGAUGGUCGCCGACUGAAUCCAAGGAGCUCAUACGACGAAUGGACCGAGGCUCAGAAAUGCUACUAGAACAACAGCACCAUCAACAACACCAAGAACACCUGAACGGCCACCACGACGACCACGCCGGCCAUCACCAACAUCACCAUCAUCACCACCACAGCCAGCAGCAGUACGGCGAAGUCAACCAGCUGGGCGGCGUGUUCGUCAACGGCCGUCCGCUGCCCAACGCCGUCCGCGUCCGCAUAGUGGAACUGGCCCGGGUGGGCAUCAGGCCGUGCGACAUCAGCCGGCAGCUCCGCGUGUCCCACGGUUGCGUGUCCAAGAUACUGGCCAGGUACCACGAAACGGGUUCGGUGUUGCCGGGCGCCAUUGGCGGCAGCAAGCCCCGGGUGACCACGCCCCGGGUCGUGGCCUACAUCAGGCAGCUGAAGCGCAAGGAUCCGGGCGUGUUCGCCUGGGAGAUCCGCGACCGGCUUUUGGCCGACGGCGUGUGCGACAAGUUCAACGUGCCGUCCGUGUCGUCCAUCAGCCGCAUCUUGCGCAACAAGAUAGGCUCUUCGCCGGCCGGCAGCACGGGCGUGCCCGCCAACUCUGCGUCCCCCUUGUCGUCGCUCUUGUCCCACCAACAGUCGCCGUACGGCGGACACCAGACGGUGGCCGCACAUCACGCGUACGGAUCGCCGUCGGCGGCGGCUGCUGCUGCCGCGGCGGCCGCCGCGUACCACACGUACCACGGCGGCCAGCAGCAGACACCGCAACUGUCGCCCACCGUGCCGGGCGUCACCACGCUGUUGCCCGCCUCGUGCUGUUCGUCGACAACGCCGCCGCCGCCGUCCCACCCGGUGGCGUCACUGUCGCCCGCCUCGUCCAGGUCGCAACAACAACAACAACAACAGCCGUACGGCCACCAUCACCAUCAACAGCACUGCUGGCCCAGUCCGCACACCGUGUCCGACAUACUGGCCGCCCAGCAACACCACCACCACUACGGGGAUGCGGCCACCGCCGCCGCGGCCGCAGCAGCCGCAGCCGCGGCGGCGGCCAACUACAGCACGUACAACACGUACUGCAGCAGCUACUACCACAUGUACAUCGGCGCGGCCGCCGCGGCGGGACACCAUCAUUUGAACUCGCCGGCCAGUCCGUCGUCGCCGCCGCCGUCCAACUGCCAUCAAAAUAUGGUGGCCGGAUCGUGGCCACCGCCGCCGCCUCCUACGGCCCAAUAA